AUGUGGGAUUUUGACCUUCUUGCUGAGCUGUUCAAUGAGGAAGACCGCCGUCAAAUUAUGAACAUACCCCUAACCGCCCUCGGGAGAGAGGAUCGCGUACUUUGGUCCCAUUAUAAAAAAGGUACUUACUCGGUUAAAAGUGGCUAUAAACGCUUGAUGGAGGACUCCUUUCUCUAUUCUCACACUGCUACAGAUAACUAUUGGAGCAAACUUUGGCAUCUUAAAGUUCCGGCUAAGGUUCGAAAUUUAAUUUGGAGGGCAUCGUUGAAUGUACUGCCAACAAUUGAUCAAUUGAGGGCGAAAAGAGUUGACGUUGACAGUCGUUGCCCAGUUUGCCAUUUGCAUGAAGAAUCUGUGCUUCAUACUUUGGUAUUAUGUGAGUUUGCUCAGAAAGUUUGGGAGGCAGCAGGAGUCAAUAGCUCAUCCCCUACGGCUACUAAUUUUAAAGAAUGGCUCAUAGGCACCCUCGAACAUCAUAACCAAGAACAUGAGCUUAUUGUAAUGAUCGCUUGGGCCAUAUGGACGAAUCGAAAUGAGGCAGCUUGGAAAGGUAAAUCCUAUACAGUGCUUAUGGUGGUAGCUAAUGCAAAAAACUUCCUCCAACAGUGGCAUGAAGCUAAUCAACCUUUAAGCCCUCUUACGGCAACAUCUAACAGUCCGGGUGAAGACAAGUGGAAACCACCCCCAGUGGGCUACUUCAAACUUAAUGUGGAUGCAGCCAUCUUUGAAAACCAAGGGAAAGCUGGGCUUGGUCUGGUGAUUCGAGACGAAUUGGGGUCUUUCGUUGCUGCCAGGAUUGUUCCUGUACAAGGAAUUGUCGACCCUCUUAUCGCUGAAGCCUUGGGGGUCCGCGAGGCACUCUCUUGGAUUAAAUCAAGUUCCUUCGAGGUCAGAACAGUUGAAUUAGAUGCCCUCAUGGUCUACACAGCUCUACAGAAUAAAGGAGUGGACAACUCCUAUUUUGGUGCCAUAAUCGAAGAAUGCCGACUCCUCGCAAGAGACCUCCCGAACCUCAAUUUCCAUUGGGUUAGGAGAUUGGCGAACCAAGUUGCUCAUACACUAGCUAAGGCAGCAUAUUCCUUUCAUGAUAGGGUAGGCUGGUCUUACUUUCCGCCUUUAUUCAUUUCAAAUGUAUUACUUGCCGAUUCGAUGAAUGAAUAA